CCGCAAAGCAUCAAAACCUCUGCUGUCGCCCCAUCUCCAGAGUAAGAGAGAGAAAGGAGACUGAGACGACGAAGAGCGGUAAGAGGAAGAGAGAGAAAAUUACUCAAAAAUGGUGAUGCGUCUCACUUACCGUACACGGCAUAGCUAUGCCACCAAAUCCAACCAACACCGCAUCGUCAAAACCCCUGGUGGAAAGUUGGUUUACCAGACUACAAAGAAGAGAGCCAGUGGUCCUAAGUGCCCUGUCACUGGAAAGAGAAUCCAAGGGAUUCCUCAUCUGAGGCCUACUGAGUACAAGAGAAGCAGAUUGCCCAGGAACAGGCGCACCGUCAACCGCCCAUAUGGAGGUGUUCUAUCUGGCAGUGCUGUCCGUGAAAGAAUCAUCCGAGCUUUCUUGAUUGAAGAGCAGAAGAUCGUGAAAAAGGUUUUGAAGAUUCAGAAAACUAAAGAAAAGGCAAACAAGAGCUAGAAUGGCAGUGACAUCUUGUUUUAUUUUUUGUCCUAGUUUCUGCAGAAGAAAUUUUGUUUUUAAGAGCAGAUGAUGAUGACUUAGGAAGAACCCUGUUUACGGUCCGUACUUGUGCCUAUUACUACUGUGAGGUUAUUGUUUUGCAUUUUGAAUGAGCAUUUUUGUCUUCAUGUUCA